CCUGCUGUUGCGAGUUUUAAGUUCUAGUGGAGGGGGUGUGGGGAUAUAGAUUGUUGAAUAGGUGUAUGAGGUGUCCAAAAGUCUUAGUGCCGUUUUAAGCUCUAAUGUUUAAGACUGCACCAAAACUUUUGGGACUGCCUGUAUACAAGAUCCCUAUAAAGUAGAUAGAAGAUAAUCUUCAAGGGAACAUCCUGAAGGACCAGGGAAAGCCUCCCGCUGAAGGUGCCAUUGGAGCCGUCUUAAAGGAAACCAGGGAUCCCAAAAAUCUGAGGAGAGCAUUACAGGUAUGAGGGACAGCCAGUGCAAAAAAAAAAAAAGCCCGAAGUCAGGAGAUGGAGUGAUUUGUGUGAGGAAUAGCAAAUAGAUGGGCAUAGCUGGACUGUGUGAAGGGCAGCAAUGUAUAAAAAACUGGAAAGGUGGUAAGGGGCCUGGUUGUGACAGGUUUUGAAUGGCAAACAGAAGCAUACAUUUUAUCCUAGAGGUAAUCGGAAGCCAGUGGAGUUUGGAGUGGGGAGGUUGACACAGCCAGAGAAGUACUGGCUGGAAUGUCAUUGCCAAAGUGGAGGUCUGGAGAUGCUGAAAGGUUUCCUGGAGGAGUUCGUAUUUGAGUUGUACUUUAGAAAGGAGGGGCUGGCUGGGUGAGCAGAGACGGAACUGGAACACUAGGCUGCUGCCGCUGCUGCUGGUGGUGGAGGGAUUUGGAAAUGAAUCCUCCAGCCUGAAGGGUAAGAAAGAGGACCGUAUGGCUCCGUGCGAUGCCUUCCUCCAAAUCCUCAGAGCCCAGGCCCGUUCAUUCCACAGGCUCAGUUGCUGGGAGCUGGGCAGGAUUGGCCUGGGCUCACCUACGUUCUGGCUAGGAACCUUGUGACGCCUGCGCACAAGACGCUAAGAACUACAUUAUCUAGGAUUCCCGGGACAGACCAUUCAGCUCCUUGACUCCCAGCGAUCUCUGCGGUCUUGAGUGCCCCUCCCGUGGGCUGGAGCGGAGACAGUUCUUACUGCAGACUAAGGAGGGGCUGUUUUAACCUUAUCACACGCCCCCAGCAGAGAGCAAAGAACAGCUCCUUUGUUUCGAGGAAGGACUCGCUCGUAGGUCUAGAAGGAAGCACUGGCUGGGGGGUGGGGGAACCGGGAGUGACGUAGGUUAUGGGAAAACGCGAGAUCCCCAUAAAACCGUGGAUUUUUUUUAGAAAAAUAAUUGUUCCCGUUGCUAUAGUGCUCUAUGGCUUACAAAGAGCUUUCCCCACAUCUUUCCAGAAGGACACGCCAGGAUUAUUAGACCCAGGCGUGCUUCUUUGUGGAACUGCAGCAAGUUCAGCUCUGCUAUGAUUUAGGGCAAAGAGGACAACAGAAAUCAGCAUUAGUUUCACCUGUGGUCUGGCUACCAUGCAUCGGGGCCAUGUUGUUAGCCAAGGACCUCUCAGCCUAGCACAUGUGUGGCAACAGCCUCCCCGCCUUCUCAUUGUGGAUGCUGCAUGUCCCUCAUGGGCCAGGGUCUGCUCCAAUCUCUGUGAGGCUCUGCAGAAUUUCUUCUCUCUAGCCUGCAGCCUGGAAGGCCCUACCCGAGUGCCCUUGUUCAGCAUGUAUGUGGUCCAGAGUCGACAUGAGUGCAUCCUUCCUUUUGUGCAGGUGAAAGGGAACUUUGUCCGGCUGCAGGCCUGCAUCUCUGAGUUGCGCCUGGUGCCAAGAGAAGGGAUUUGCCAACAGAAAUCUUGUCUGAAUCUGGCGGUGCAGGAUGGGCUCCAGCAGUUCAAACAGCACAGCAGACACACGAUGGUGAGCGCGGCUCCAAGCAGCCCUUCAGUGGAGAUUACAGUUCUGACUUGCCAGCCUGGAAAAGACAUUGUUAAACAGCUGGAGGGAGAGUUACAAAACACAGACAUGGUGAGCCUCCGGAGACUGCAAGUCACCGAGAUCUCAAAGGGAGAUGGGCCGGAGUCAGUGGACUCCCUGUGGCCCAGCGAAGCCCCUGCUGAAGAGCUUAGCACUGAGGAGUGUUCCAUCCUGGGCACUGACAUUGAACUUCAGGUCAUCGAAAAUGACACUGUGAGCAUAGAGAGUUUCUUCAAAGCUUGGCUGCAAGACAGUGGGACAGACCAAGAGCAUCUCCACCUCCUUCUUCCUUCACGGUGUUUCAGCAGCUUCUCCAGUGCCAGAUCAGAACCAAUGUGUUUGAAAUGUGAUCUCCAAGAGCGGCUUCUUAACCCAGCCCUCCUCCCUGGCACAGCAGAGAGCCCCGGAGGAGACUUCAGCUACCAGAUGGCCCCCCAAUCAGCAGCGUCACGUUACAGACUCCGGGUGAUCAAGGCUCUAGAAUCCAGUGGGGUCUGCGAGUCAGUGACAUAUGGACUGCCAUUCAUCAUCAGGCCAACAAGUUGUUGGCAGCUGGACUGGGAUGAGCUAGAGACAAACCAGCAACGUUUCCAUGCUUUGUGUCACAGCCUGCAGAAAAGACAGUGGCUGCUAUUGGCCAAAGGAGAGCCUCCAAGCCCAGGACCCAGCCAGAAUGGUCCCGCCAGCACCUUCUACAUCAUCUUCCCAUCCAGUUCUCUCACAAUGCUCGUCAAGGCAGUAGCCACAUGUGAGCUGUUGCUGCCCAACUCCUUCCCUAUGCCCCCUGAGGACCCACCUGAGGACAUCCUUAGGAGUAUGGAGAACACUUUGGAUGGCUUAGAGGUGGCAUCCACCUAUAAUCCCCUGCAGAUCAAGAGUUGUCUAUAUGAACACCUGAGAAGCAUCUUGUCCAAGCCCCAGGGGCCACUCAGUUCAGGUCGGGAGCUCCGCCCCCCCAGACAGGUUGGAAGACUACACCCACAGCGAGCCCGAGCUACAGUGCCCCCUCUGCCCCUGGUGCCAAGCCUGCCUCCUUCAAGGGCCCCCAAAAUGCCAGCAGCUAAAAAGGCAUCCUCAGAGCCUGUGCUAUUGCUUUCAGAUGAUGAAGAACAACUUUUCUGAGAGACACAGAUUGAUUCAGCCCCACUCACAGCCUGCUCAUCCUCCUCCUACAUGAAGACUGGAGGCAAGGGGGGAUCCGUCUCCUGCUUCUCUGUCCCACUAUAUUUGGGAUGUUAGCUUAGGGCUAGGAUUGUUUCAAUAGCUAGAGGUGACAGGAACCCUACCCUGGUAUGACGCUGUGUCGCCUCUCACAGAUGCACACCAGGUACACUGCCCCCUUCCAGCAGAGUGCCAAUGAGUGUACUUGUAUCACUAGGGCUCAUUUCAACAAUAACCUUGUUACCAUUCCAAGCUUUCUCUUCCCAUUCAAUAAAAAGCAGCUUU